GCUCUUAAUGCAAAUAGAGGUGACUUCCUCUGAUCUGCAGAUGUAGUGAAAGUGAUCCCUAUUCCUGGUGCUUGCUACCUUGUAUCCAGUUCGUCCAAUCUACCUUUUUUGCUUCGCUGAUACAGUGUUACUACUUGGAUGUGGCUCUGAUCGCCUAGCAAGCUUUUUUUAGCCCGAGAGAUAUAAGACACUAAGCUAGCACUAGCAAUCAGUAAGAGAGCUCAGCUCCAGCAAACAAGGGCUGCCUAUUCAUUCCCAGCAACCUAUUGCAUUCUGACUGCAACCCCCACCCUGACAAAAAAACACUCACUCUUGGACUGAUCUCAAGUGAUCUAUCUCCACAAUAAUCCUGGCAUCUAACAACUGGACGAUCGCCUCGCUUCCCAGCUGGAUUAACUUCAUUUUAACCCAUUUAUCUGUUGUUUUAUCCCCAACCCUCUCCACUUGUCCUGUGUCUCCCCCUUGUUUCGAAGUGUAACCUUGUCUUGUGGUCAUGGAGUGUAUAAUUUCAUUUUUAUCUAGGCUGGUGAUAGCUGUCCAGGUUCUGUAGAGUGAAUGUCAGGUUUGGAUUUAUGUCCUUGAAGGAAUAAGAGAGACCCAACAGGAUAUCCCAAGUAAGUUUGAUCCAGGAGGAUGCAGGCUGUGUAUUAUCUCCUCGUCCUUCUCCUGCAGUCCACUCUGCACCUGGUGACAUGUGCAAAUUCAACAGGUGGUGGAAAACUUGGAAGCUUAAAAUCAGGAAAUUCUUUAUCAACGCUUAAGCACAUAUGGACAGAAAGCAACAAAGAGUUGUCAAUCAGCCGACUCCUUUCACAGACUUUUCGCAGUAAAGAAAAUAGAACAUCUUUGGAUAUGAGAUAUGAUACUCCAGAACCUUACACUGAGCAAGAGCUUUGGGAUUGGCUGAGGAACAACACUGACCUGCAAGAACCUCGUCCUAGAGCAAAAAGGCGGCCCAUUGUGAAAACUGGAAAAUUUAAGAAAAUGUUCGGAUGGGGAGAUUUUCACUCCAAUAUCAAAACCGUAAAAUUAAAUUUAUUGAUAACUGGGAAAAUUGUUGAUCAUGGCAACGGAACCUUCAGUGUUUAUUUUAGACACAACUCAACCGGUCAAGGAAAUGUUUCUGUGAGUUUGGUUCCUCCAACUAAAAUUGUGGAAUUCGACUUGGCGCAACAAUCAGUGAUAGAUGCUAAAGAUUCCAAGUCUUUUAAUUGUCGCAUUGAAUAUGAGAAGGUUGACAAAGCAACGAAGAAUACACUUUGCAAUUAUGAUCCAUCAAAAACAUGCUACCAGGAGCAGACCCAGAGUCACGUAUCUUGGUUGUGUUCCAAGCCCUUUAAAGUGAUCUGUAUUUAUAUAUCAUUUUAUAGUACAGAUUAUAAACUAGUUCAGAAGGUGUGUCCUGAUUACAACUACCACAGUGACACACCCUAUUUCCCUUCUGGUUGAUGAAUUAUGUAUGCAAGACUUUAUCUCUAAGGAAUAAAAAGUGACCAGGCUGGAACCUUUACAAAGGAAGUAACAUCAUGGAAUGUGUCUACAUUGCAUAUAAUUUAACUGGCAACCAAGACUUUUAUACAGAAAAAAAAAAUUAUCAAAUGCAAUUUAGUUUCCCAAAAUCACUCCAUAUAUCAUUUAUUAGAUGUAAGUCACUGUGGAUAUAUAACAAAAAAUACACGAUGUAAGUGGUUGUUUAUUAAGGUCCUUUUUAAAAGAGCCUUCAUUACCUAAAAACAUGUUUCCUGCCAGUUUACGAUGGAAUCGAAAAGGAAUGCCAUUUCUAAAAGGCCGUCGACCCAAAUUAAUUUCAAGUUAUAAUUCUGUUUUUCACUCCAGUAUGCAUUUCCUCCUACACACGUCUGGUGUUAUUGGAAAAAUAUAAUAAAGUGUCCUAGAAUAUACACUUAUGAACCCUUAUAUACACUUAUGAACGGGGAAUGUUCUACUCCAAGUUCAAUACAAUAAACCCUAAAAAUCUAAAUAACAGAAAAUAGUAGGCACAUUUUAGGGCAAGUAUGGUGGCAUAUGAUCUCUGAAGGGAGCCAGUCACAAGAAAAGAUGGAAAUCCACUUAAAAUGUACAUGAUAGCAAAUGUGACACCUGAAUUUAAGCUUCUAUUAGUAUUUCAAUAUUGAAUACUUGGGUUCCUGUAAACUAUGAAGUUACUGUAUAGACAUUAAACAUAUGUGAAUGCUACCAUGUAUUUUAUAAGAGGAUGGCAUCUUUAGUACAGUAUAUUGUAACUACAUCAAUAUCCUAGUCUACAUUUGUAUGAAUGGUUUGUAUUGUACAUAGUUUAACCAGUGUUACUUGAGCAGCUUAUUAAUAUAACUAGUAAUUGUCUCUGCUUGUUAUUGGUUAAAAUACAAACAAGGAACUGAGGAAUCCAUUCUAUCAACUUAGCUGUAAACGUCAUUACAAGAAGGGGACAUAAUUAUGUACAAAGCAUUUAUUCUGCUAAAGUAUUGUUGAAAGCUAAACAUAUACAACAUUGAAGUCUGUAUGCAUUUAGAUAUUUUAUUUCUGGAAAAAAAAAAGAAAUAUUGUACAUAAAAUAAAAUACAUUAAGUUGAGU